UUUACACAACUGUCACUCCCUGUUUUCGCUGAGAAGAAAAAAAGUUUUUUUUUGUCGAAGUAGACAGUAGCUGACUUUUCUCUUUGAUAAUCGUCAAUUACAGUGAAUGAUUAGUAAUUUAGUGCAAAAAUACCUUUUCGAAAGAAAAUUGCAAUUUGAAAUCAGUGAAGUGAUGUUCGACGUCGGUCUCCAAUAGUCCCAAAUUGUGUUGCUGCUAGAAUUACUAUUGUGGUGCACAAUGUUGUGUAGGAUCGUAUUAGCAAGCAACUUAUGACGGAGAUACAUUUGUUAAUUUAGUAUCACCGUCCUAGUGGUAGAAAUAAAAUGAACACCCAUACACUUGGGAGUGAUUCUAGCUGCUGCGGACGGCAGUCCGCCAAUAGAAGCGAUCAGGCUUUUCCCUACGAUAAAGAAUGCUCAAUAAAAACAAACACGUGGAGCUUGGGCAAAGGAUCCCAGCAGUUGCUCUGGAGCCUUUCCAGUAAAAGUAACGUGUCUACCAUGCAGCGGAAUUCCAGCACAUUGCACAAACGAUUAUCCAGCUCCCACAAUUCGUUGAGUGAUUCGGCAACCAAGAAAGUUGACGACUCAAUAUUUAUUACCCAAGCUAUGUCUCACGAUGCCCUAGAUGACAACAAAAUAUUAGAUUUUUACAACGUUCCUCUUGACUCGGAUAUAUACUCUGCACCCAUAGACUACAUUACAAACCAGUAUACCAUUGAAUCAGUGUUACACAAGUCGAAAUCUGGUAAGCCAGUACCAUUCCAGAAAAACGAAUUCAAUUUGAAGAGGAGACAGGGCUCCGUACUACAGGAAUCCAAUAACAGGAAGCAAGUUAUCAACAAAAAAUCACAAUCGUCAUACGCCGCGGAACAGGAACGAGACCAGAAGCGGCGCACGAUAUCCUGCAAAGUUAGCGAAUGCAACAGCAAAAAGAAUCACUUUUCUUUCAACCUGAAGCAAAAGCUAUGCAACAUUUUCCGUAUCAGCAAACAUCAGCAAUACUUGAGGGGCAAAAAGUCGUUUCUUGACGGCCACGCCAAGCAAAAUGUUUGUGGCACCAAGUCUAAGUCGAUAGAUGAUUACUACAAGAAGUCCAGUGUAUCAACGCGAAAACUACCACCACUGCCUAUGUCAGCGGAAAAAACAUCUCUACCAAACGGUGUUUCAUUUGAAGAAACAAAGGAAUCGAACGAAACAAAUAAACAGGAUGAGGCGGCGCAUAUCAUGGAUUUUACUGCGAGUAUUGAUAAAGUGAAGGAUUGUGGAUGGUACUGGGGUCCUAUAUCAUCGGAAGGAGCAGAAAAAAUUCUCUCAAAUGAGCCCGAUGGAAGUUUUCUGGUGCGAGAUAGCUCCGACGAUCAUUACAUUUUCUCCCUCACAUUCAAACUGAAUGGUUCAGUUCGGCACGUCAGAAUAGAUCAAGCUCAAGGUGCAUUUUCGUUCGGGUCAUGUGCCAAGUUUAAAUCCCGAACAAUAAUGGAAUUCAUCGAAAACGCCGUGGAGCAUUCCAGAAGCGGUAGAUACUUAUUUUUUCUGCACAGAAGACCAGAACACGGACCUUUACGCGUGCAAUUGACGAAACCCGUGUCCAGAUUCAAACACGUACAAAGCUUGCAACAUCUUUGCAGGUUCGUCAUCCAUAAAACGAUAAUAAGAAAGGAUUUAAUUCAGGCACUACCAUUACCGCGAAGAUUACUAGACUACCUUAAUUAUAAGAAUUGCCUUUCGGAGCGAGUUGAGGUGGACAUGACUUCUCAUUUUGGACAAUGCGUAGGUGAUUUUUAAAAUUUAUAUAAUUAUUAUUAUUCUUAUUAUUUAUAUGGAAAGUAAAUGUGAAUACUAGCAAUCCUAUGAAGUGUAAUCAUGUGUUUGUAAAAUUUAGUCAAAACUGAUCGAUAGAAUGUGAUUUUUUAAUGGACGCAUAAAGUAUAAUAAAAUUAUACUUCAAACGAA